AGGAGGCGCCACAGCCGCCUGAUUUUUGGCACGGGGUCCGUCGGAAAAAGUUUCGUAGCUCCCCGCAGGAUCCUCCUCCGCUGCUCGCCUCUUUUCCUCCUUCUUGGGGGUUACUGCAGAGUCCCGUCAAUACGCCGCAAGGGCAAAACGGCCUGCGAGGAGUCAAAGCGCCUCCUCAGCCGUCAUGUCGCAGCCAACGAAAGGCAAGAAACAACCCGCCGCGGGCUCCAAAGAGCAUGGAAGUAAAAGUGCAAGUGGAGCAUCAAAAGAGAAGAAAGGAGGAGAAGCAACUGAGAAGAGAACUGUAAAUACUAGCAAUAUUGAAUCGCCCAAAAGCCAGACCAGCAGAGUUUCUUCAGUCAAUAAGGCCCAGACUGCUGUUGCAUCAAAGGCAUCAACUAUGAAACCUGCUGAAACAAAGGCUUCCUCAAGCCAACAGCAGACACGUGGAGUGGACUCCCAGAAAAGGAAAAGAAACAGGAAGAAGGCAACACAAAAACCAAAGGCAGAACCUGAAAAAGCACUACAAGACAAAAAGGUAGAUGAAUCGCAACCUGUCUGUCCAGUUGAAGGGAAGCAGAAAGAUCCUGGAGGGGCAAAAAGUUCAAGCAAAGAUUCUUUAGGGAAGGAGCCUAAGCAACCAAGUUUGGGAAAAGAAACCUCUGGUCAAAAUGCCAAGUCAAAACAGUUGGCAACAACUAAAGAAGCAAAGGCUAACACUGACAAGAAACCAUUGGCUUCCAAGGUAGCUGUUGGCACAGCUGGAACAGUUACAGCUGCUGGUUUGGUUGCUGCCACUGCAGAGACUAAAGAACAUAAAGUGGCAUCUCCUGCCCCAGUUACUGCAGACAGUAAACCAGCAGAAAAGUCUGAUUUAGAUACUGCCUUAGACGAUUUAAUAGAUACACUUGGAAGUCCUGAAGAAAAUGAACCACCUGCUCCUACGUAUACUGGACCGGAAGUUUCGGACCCAAUGUUGUCCUUAAACAUAGAAGAAUUGGGCAAAUGGGAGAGCACAAUUCCUCCAGAAUACAGGAAAUUAUUGGAGAGUAAAGGUGAUGGUAAAAUUGCUUCUCCAUCAGUUGCAGUGGGAGAAUCACAGCCAACCAUGACAGACGAUGACCUUGCAGAUGCUCUGUCAUCUGAUUUCACUUGCACUACUGUACCAUCUGCUGGAGAAAAGGAAGUCAGGCCAAAAGAGCCUGCAGCAAAAGAUGAACUUUUACAAGCCCAUUCUGCAAAAUCAGUCAGCAGUUCGGCUCCUCCAAAAGAGAAGAAACCAAAAUUGGAAGAGGUGACAAUUAGUGAUAGUGCCCUGGAUGCUCUUGUGGAUACACUUGGUAUGCCAGAACCUGAACCUGAAGAAGAUACUAGUUCCAUCGUUGAAGUUGAAGAGCCAAAGGCCAUAGAAAGGAAAGAAAAGAAACCCGGUGAACGUGAUGAUACAAUUCCUCCUGAAUACAGAUUAAAACCAACAUUGGACAAAGAUGGGAAGCCAUUGUUGCCAGCAGCCGAAGAGAAACCAAAGCCAAUUAGUGAGACUGAACUCAUUGAUGAAUUUUCAAAAGACUUUGUCUGUCCUGCUUCUUCCACAGAAAAAUCAAAACCAACUGAACUUGCUGAUACGUCUAAGAAACCUGUGGUAGAUGAGCCCCCAAAAACUCCCAAAGAAAAAGUAACUGCGUCUCCUGUAGCUCUUCCUGUGCAACCUCUGGCUUCAUCAGAAGUUUCACCAAAGCCCGAGUCAACUAAACCCCAGAACACAUCUGCAGAAGAAGUUGUCUCAGCUUCAGCUGUGCCUUCUGUGAAAUCUUCAGCUCCUACAGUCACUUCUCCUAGCACACAAGCAACUAAUGAAGCACUAGAAGCCUUAUCUGGAAGCCUAGGAAAAAAUGAGCCUGCCCCAGAAGAAAAAAAACCUGCUGUGGAUAAAGUGAAAGAAAAAUCAAAAAAAGAGAAACAUGAGAAACUUGGAGAAAAGGAAGAAACCAUCCCUCCUGAUUACAGAUUAACUGAAGUAAAGGAUAAAGAUGGGAAGCCACUUUUGCCAAAACCUGAAGAAAAGCCUCAGCCCCUGAGCGAAAGUGAGCUUCUGGAUGCUUUGUCUGAAGGGUUUUCUUGUUCUGCACCAGCAUCAACAACAGAAACACCUGCGAAAUCUACAAGUCCUAGCAAGCCUGUUGUUCCUACGGAAGAGGUGAUUUCUUCUGCUGCUGCUCCUGCUGUGCAGUCAUCUGUUCCGAAAGAAGCAGUCAUCCCAGGUAGGAAAGAACUUGAUGACGCUGCAGACCUUCUUGCAGACACACUGGGACAAAGAGAGCCUGACCCAGAUGAAAACAAACCAGUUUUGGAUAAAGUAAAGGAAAAAGCCAAAGCAGAACAUUUAGACAAACUUGGAGAAAGAGACGAUACAAUCCCUCCUGAAUAUAGACAUCUUCUGGACUCAGAUGAAAAGGAUAAGCCUAUAAAGCCAAAAGAUAAAGAUGGUGAGAAACCCAAAGAACAAACGGAUAAGCCUAUAAAGCCAAAAGAUAAAGAUGGUGAGAAACCCAAAGAACAAACGAAGCCAGACAGUGACUCAGCAGCCAUUGAUGCUCUCUCUGGGGAUUUUGACCAUUGUGGUAAACCUGUUGUUUCACAGCCACCUUCAACAAAGGAGGAGAAAUCAAAAGGUGCUGCCUCAUCUAAAACUAGGAAGGAGGAAAAGAAAUCCAAAACACCCAAGAAGGCAAAGGAGCAAUCUUCCACUGCAAAAUCUGAAAAACAAAAAAAAAGUUAAAUGUCAUCAGAAUGUUUAUCACCAGUGUGAAAAUUCUUUAUUUUGAUGGACAGCUGCAUUUGAACAAAAGCAGUUUUGCAAAAAGAUAGCAUCUUGGACAUUUUAUGGUAUUGGGCUAUGUUGGCAUGCAAAGCAUUUAUUUUGCUAUUUUCAAGGAUGAACUCACAUUUUCUAGACACUUACUUUAUUGUCUGUAUUAUGGUCAUUUUCUUAAGUUUUGAGAAGAAAAGAAUGCUUUAUAUUUGUAAGAAAGAUAUUUCUUAUGGAUUUAAUAGGAGUGAAAUAUGCAAAAUUUUGCACAUAAUCUACCCACAGUGCCUGUAAAUCUCAGUAAAUCUAUGCUAGUUUGUUAUAAAAAGGAAUGCUUUAAUCAUGAAUUUGGUUGCCUUCUUACUUAGGCCAAUUGCCUAUGAGUACUUUUGCUGGAGAAUACUUAGGGGAAAAUGAGUAAAUAGUGCAAAGUUUUCAAAAUGGGAGCAGAGUAGAAGCUUCUACGUUGCAGCCUUGGCUUUUUAUCAAAUAAUGAACAGUGCCAUCCUCUAAAACUUGCAUCAUAUACAAAGCAUUUGUGCUACAUCUGUCAUUGGCUUUCUGAGAAGGAUAUAGUACUACAUCCAAACUUAUAGAGAAAAGUAACUGGUACUUUUCCCACCAACCCUCUCUCCCAAAACUGUUCUACUAUCUGCUUUACUCUGAGCAAUAUGUAACACAAGAGCUGAAUACAUAGGAUGGCAUAGUACCCAUCCAUAGAAUUGAGAACAUGCAAAUAAUCCUUAUCUUAGUGCAGUGUUUUUCAAACUUAGCAACUUUUGAGAUGUGUGCCUUUCAAUUCCUUUAAUUCCCCAGCCAGCUAUUUUGGGAUUUGAAGUCCACACAUCUUAAAGUUGUCAAGUUCAAGAAACACUGUCCUAGUGUAUAGAUAUACAGCACAGCUGAUUUCAGAAUAGUUCUUAAUCAGAUUUCAGUGCUUCCCUUUCUUUAAGUAUUCCAUGCAGGGUAUGUGAGAGAUGGAUAUAGUUCCAGAUUCAGAUGUGCUUUGAAAUCUCUCUACCCACUUGCAUAUUAAAAUUAUCACACCUGUUCUUAGGCAGCUGACUCUAUAAACUAAACCAACAUUACUUGCUCCAGGAAUCUUAGCUGUGUGAUUCCUUUUCACCUGCGUGGGGAUUAAAAGAAAGAGCAUGGUGUUUUCUAUCACGAUGUUUACUUUUUUCAAAUGGAUUCAAUAAAAGAUUUUCUUGUGGAUUACAUCUUUCAUACUGAAGACAAUGAGACUGUCCUUAAUUACAUGUAAUGUCAAUACUGAACUGUUCUUGACUGUGGCACACUAAUAAACAUUUUAUGUAUUACUUUA